AAAUUUGCUAAUGUCUUCUUAAUCAUUCCAAUGAACUACUUCAUUUUUGCUUAGUCGGUGGGAUGACAUUGAUCUUGAUAUGUUUCAUCACAAUAAUUUUCAGUCUGAAUGUUUAACUUGCCGCACAUCUUUGUAUGAAUUUUCUCCUUUUUUGCAAUGAUGGAAUCAGUUGCUUGUUUGAUUUACCAAAUGCAAUUGGACGGUGGUGAACCUCUGAAGCUGUAAAUGUUGAUGAUUCUGUCUUCUGCAGAAAAAGUCAUUCUGUAUAAACUACUGAGAGCUGGAUACUUUCUCUUGAUCAGAUUGCACAAUUUAAAAUCUUUACCGAAUCCCCGUAGUAUUCUACUUUCAGAGGUUACAGCUCAUCUCCACCUCCAUCUACAUUUCCUGUAUUUUCUCCUGAUGGACAUGUAACAACACCUCCUGUCUCACCUGGGAACAUGUUUGAAAGUGAUGCACCUACUCCAUCUCUUCCGAAAGCUGCAGAACCUCCUCAUGGAUUGCCACCUCCCGCUGCAGCACCAUCACUCCCAAAUGUGAAUGUCCAGCCACCAAAUUUACCACCAAGUAUCCCAAGCUUUUCGAUACCUCCCCCAUCAUAUCCUAGUGGAGUUGUUCCGGCCUUGCCACCAAGCCCACCUAAUGGAACUUCUGGUCAUGCUGAUUAUCCCAGUCCACAGCUUCCAGAAGCGCCUCUAGCUUCUCCACCGAGAUUAUCUCCACCACCAACAAGCCCUGAAAUAGUACCAGUAUCCCCUCCAAAAUCCGAUCAACCCAAGGCCCGAGAAGCUCCUUCACCAUCAACUACCCCAGUAUCAAGUGCACCCGCACCAUGGAGACAGCCACAAACUCCACCUCCAACCUACCCAGUCACUCCCAAGAUAUCACCAUCUGUCUAUCCGGUUCCAGUUGCAUCAUCUCCAAGCAAGUCAUCAGGGAUUUCGCCAUCACUUCAACCAGUCUUUCCGAGAAUACCUCCAUCUAGUUCACCAGAUCCUCAUCUAUCUUUUGCACCACCGCCUCUGUCUAGUGUCAAUUGGAAAGGAACUCCUGUCGCUGCCACUCCAAAUGGUACAAGCAACCAGCAUUCAUAUAAUGCAUCUUCUCCACUUUUAUCCCCAAAAGCUCCGGCCAGACCAAGGUUUCACUCCCCUGCAUUACAACCUCCUGCCUCAUUCAGAAGACAUUAUCAUCGAAAUAAUCAUACGUUUAUUCAUAUAGCUCCUCCUCCUGUUCCCACAGAAGAUCUUAGGCCCCAAGGUCCUCCACCCUCUAGUUCAGGCUCCCCUACAUCCCCAAGUCCUCCUCCUCCUCGUCCUCUGAAAAUCCAUGAAUCUCCUCCACCAUUUCCUUUGAUGCGAAAGAUUCCUCCAUUUCAAGCAUUGCCACCACCACCUCCUAAUCAAGAUUGUACAUCAUUGACAUGCUCAGAGCCGUUGACCAAUGCUCCUCCUGGAUCUCCAUGUAUUUGCGUCCUUCCCAUUCAAGUUGGGCUGCGCAUAAAUGUAGCAUUGUACAAUUUUUUCCCGUUGGUUUCUGAGUUUGCUUCAGAAAUAGCUGCUGGAGUUUUUUUAAAUCUUAGUCAAGUUCGUAUUAUGGGAGCAAAUGCCGCCGGUGAUGAUCCGGAAAAGACAAUUGUCCUCACUGACUUGGUACCCUUGGGAGAAAAUUUUGAUAGUGCCACGCCGUAUCUGACAUAUAAGAGAUUCUGGCUCAAAGAAGUGGCCAUAAAGUCUUCAUUCUUUGGAGAUUAUGAAGUUCUAUAUGUUCGUUAUCCAGGUCUUCCCCCGUCUCCACCUUCUGCACCAUCUUAUGGCAGUACUAUUGGUAGCGAUCCAUAUUCUGCUAGGAACAAUAAUGGUGCAGCCUUAAAGCCAAUUGGGGUAGAUGUGAAAAGAAACCAUCACAAACGUGGGCUAAGUGCGAGUGUUAUGGCAAUAAUAGUUUUGUCUGCCUCUGUUGUUCUGCUUUUCUGCUGUGCUACCGGAUGGAUUUUGGUUUUGAAAAAAAGAGAGAAGCUUUACCAGGUGGACCCAACUCCUCCAGCUGCAAUACCUUCAUUAAAGAAAACAUCAGGGUCAACAAUUGGAAGUAGACCAAAUUCUGUGUCACUAUCUCAUGGCUCUAGCCUACCUGCAUAUAAUGGAUCUGCAAAGUCGUUCAGUCUAAAUGCUGUGGAAAGAGCAACAGAUAGCUUUAGUGAAACAAGAGUAAUUGGUGAAGGUGGUUUUGGCCGUGUUUAUAGUGGCAUGCUUGAAGAUGGGACAGAAGUGGCAGUCAAAGUGCUUAAGCGAGCAGACCAGCAAGGUGGUAGGGAAUUUUUGGCUGAAGUGGAGAUGCUUAGUCGCCUUCAUCACAGAAACUUGGUCAAGUUGAUAGGUAUAUGUACAGAGGAACACACUCGCUGCUUAUUGUACGAACUAGUACCAAAUGGCAGCGUUGAAUCUCAUCUACAUGGAGUUCAUAGGGAAUCUUCACCACUUGAUUGGGGUGCUAGGCUUAGGAUAGCUCUUGGUGCUGCUAGAGGUCUGGCCUAUCUGCACGAAGAUUCCAACCCGCGUGUCAUACACAGGGACUUUAAGUCGAGCAAUAUCUUGUUGGAACAUGAUUUUACACCAAAAGUGUCUGAUUUUGGGUUGGCUCGAACAGCACUUGACGAAGAUAAUAAACACAUUUCAACCCGUGUGAUGGGAACUUUUGGGUAUGUGGCUCCAGAGUAUGCAAUGACCGGCCAUCUUCUUGUAAAGAGUGAUGUUUACAGCUAUGGGGUUGUACUCCUUGAGCUGCUAACUUCCAGAAAACCAGUAGACAUGUCUCAACCACCUGGUCAGGAGAACUUAGUCACUUGGGCCCGCCCGCUUCUUACAAGUAAAGAAGGAUUAGAAUCCAUCAUAGAUCCAACACUUGGACCAGAUUUUCUUUUUGAUAGUAUAUCAAAGGUAGCUGCUAUAGCUUCAAUGUGUGUCCAACCUGAGGUGUCAAACAGACCUUUCAUGGGUGAGGUUGUCCAGGCAUUAAAACUGAUCUGCAACGAGCGUGAUGAAACAAAUGAAAUCUUCUCCAGAAGUAGCAGUGCGGAUGAUCUCUCCGUGGAGGAUGCUGGUACUAGUAGCACCCCCGACCACUCAGGUGUACAAUUCCCACGCGAAUUCCCUGUCCCUAAUUACCCGAGUGACAUUGAUGUUGAAAGGGGAUUUUCCACAUCGGAUUUGUUGAGUUCAUCGGCAAGAUAUGCAAUGCAAGCUUCUGGAUCUCAUUCACCCAGGAGGAAUUCGAAUUCAGGACAUCUAAGCACAGGUAAAACCAGACGUCUCUGGCAGAAAAUGAGGCAUUUAUCUGGUGGCACUGUAAGUGAGCAUGGCGGAAUGUUCAGGUUAUGGCAUGGAUCUCGCUAA